CGCGUGUCCAUCCCAUUUCAUCGCCCUUAUUCACCUGCAUCUGUACCAGAAUUACCAGAGGACUCACGGCAUCAUGAAGGGCUUGAAAGACUGGCUCUCCCGGCCACUUCAACUCUUCUUACGCAGCCGCCGCCCACACGAAAAGCGACUUUCUGGCCUAGAACUGUUACCGCUUGAACUUUUACUCCAUAUCACAAGAUUUUUGGCAAUCACCGACAUCGUCUGCUUAGGUCUGUGCAGCCGAACGCUAUAUGGCUUCGUGACAGGUCUCUGCGAUCUCAACCCAGUGCAACGCAACAAAUCGAUAGCUAUUUCUGCCCUCAGCAGACUAGUCCGAGACCUCCCUCGGAUGUUCUGCUGCCACUAUUGUGCAAGAUUGCAUCCUAUAACCGACGUCCGCCCCCCAGCAGUUGAUCAGAUUAUCUUCACAAAAUGCCCGGACCUGGGAGCUCCAUAUCUGUACCGGGGUGAUGGUCCACUGCCUUCGCUAUGGUGGUUCUUUAGGGUCCACGGUCUGCCCAGCGGAUACAGAUUCCAACACUGCCACCUGGUAGCCGUGCUGCAGAAUCACACUUUUGGCGGCUGCUUGGGGAUAGAUUCUGAGUCAUUGGCCUACACCGAGGUGGUUGACGAUCCGGCCGAUCCCGCCAGAACGACUCUGUUGUCAGUGGAAGGACGGGUCUACGUGCCUGCUGGAGCUGGCCCGACACCACCAUCGCUAGUUCUGCAGAUACAGCAGUGGGUAUUAUUUGAUGAUGACGACGUCGUCUUCUCCGACAGGGACAAUGAUGUUUCUCUUUCAGUGUUCCAGCAUCGGUUCAUUUGCGAAGCGCAGGAGCUGGACACUGCGGUGGUAAUGGACGCCAUUCGAUCUGUUGUCCAGCAGCGGGGAUUCUCUUCUCUGGACGAGCAACCGUCGGCCGCUACGGAGUGUAUGCGGUGCCCAAUUUGCGAGGUCGAGUUCCAGAUUGCCCUUGAGGACUGUGGCAAGGAUGGAAAAGCAGUGAUCAUUACCAAAUGGCUAGACCUUGGGGCGGGAAUGGAUCUCGAAGAUCCAAAGUGGAAGAAGAAGGCGACUUCCGAAUACCCUGGGCCUCGGGGAGGGCUUGAUCCAGCGAUGGCGAGCUCGGGGGAGGUGCGUCGCUUGUUUUGUGAAAGCUCUGUUCAAGAGAGUGACCCUACCCGGCGAAACAAAUCAUACUUGGUUGGGAAGCGAUACCGUCGCGCAAUGUGCAAGAGUGGAUGGGAUUUCUUGUACUAUACUACUCCUUCCAUCGCUAGUCGUGGACCAAGGACUUGAAGGAGAGACCUGCUGCUGUCAAUGAGAUCUACCAGUAGCCCUCCAGUAGCACUCCGGUAGUACUUCGGUGGUUAUCGAAACUCGCCCCUGCCACUCGGAUGGGCAACCACCAAGUCGGGAAGGAAGGAAUCUAUACAGGUUGUCCAGAAUGGAAGGAACUGACCCAGGUCGGAAAUCAGCGACUAUCUCAGCUCCCCCGCGCUCUUCUCGACUUCUUCUUUUCUCUCCUCUUCUCUCUUCACCAAACUCACCAC